AUGCCUCCACAAGAUGAUUCUGCGUCCGACUCAUCAGAAGACUUUGGUCCUCCACCGUUAGUCUCCAGAGAUCGCAAUGGUGACGAUGAUGAUUCCUCUGAUUCGGAAAGUUCGGGAGAUGAAAGUGCGCCUGCCUUGUUGGCAGGUCGAGGACGUGAGAAUGAAGAUUCUUCUGACGAUGACGAUGAUUUCAGUGGCAUUCCCGCGUUGAUCCAUGGUGCUGCCAAUGCAUUGCACGGUAGUGAUGAUGAUGAUGACCAUGACGAUGAUGCUUCUGGUAACAGCAUGCCCCCCUUGCAAGGCCGCAAUGAUAAAAGUAACAAUAGCAACAUGGGCAACGAUCUCGACAACGAUUCUUCGGAUGAUGAUGCUGAUGUUCCGGCCCUGACUGGAGGAGCAGGAAUAUGGAGUGAUAAAGAUGCUAAAAAUGCCAGUCGGUACGACGACGAAAGUUCGGAAGACGAAGACGAAGUCGCUCCCAAUAUGACCAGUGUCGCCAGCAACAUGGGCAUGAGCUUUUUGGACUCUCUUGAUGACCUCGUCUCCUCUACUUCCAAAUCGAAAAAAGAGGAGAAAGCGAAACCAAAGAAAACUCCAAAGGAAUCCAAAAAGAACGACAAGCAAAAACGACAAGAAGAAGUAAUGCGUCGGGAAAAGGAUGCUCGAGAGCGCCGUGCCGAAGAAGAACGGCGUCUACGAGAACAAGUACGUAUUCGUCGCGAAGAAGAAAACAAACGCAAAAAGAAAGAAAAGGAGGCAGAGAAGAAGCGGAAACAAAGGGUACGACGCAAGAUCUUUGCCUUUUGCAAAUUGCAUUGGGAACGCAAACAGGAACAAAAGCGAUACCGCUCAAAGCGACUUGUGGCCCAUUGGGGACAACGGUUUCUCAGAGGCAAACAAUCUCGCAAGGAAUGGGUCCACAAAUUGCAAAAUCGGAUGGUAUUGGCCGAACGAUACACCAAGUUGUGGGAACCCUCACUGAAGACUAUCAAUGAUCGCUUCAAGCGCACCAAGCGCCCAGAGGAUCAAGCGAUCCAUUCCUGGGCGGCCUGUCUCGAGGGAUUGGACUUUGUCGUGAACAGUGAGGACACCAAUGAUGAAACGGCCAAGAUUCUCAGUGAUGCUGCCGACAAGGCCUUGCAUAUUGAAGAAGAAUACGACGAUGAUGGACAAGUCCAAGAUGAUACGGAUUAUGACGCUCAAAUGGAUGCCGUGUCGACUAGUAGUAGUGGUACUGCUCCUACGACUGCUACGAAUAGUGCUGCUAGUACCUCUACACAAGGAACUACUGCUAAACAACGCAAUGGCGACGAUGACGACGACGACGACGACUUUACCGGAACUCACACCACCAUCAUGUACACGGAAAAUGUCAAAAAGUGGUUGCGUGGACCCGCCGGUGGCCGGUAUCGCGACUUGUUUGUCAAGCGCAUGAAGCAACUCUCUCGGGGGGAACGCUCUCGCAUAUUGGCCAAGCGAUUAAAGGGCACAUCCAAAACUGUCACGGUCUUUGAAACCUAUCUAGAACAAAAGUCGGGUAAACGAAUCUUGUGGCAAAUUGAAGGAAGCAAUUUGUUGGUUUGGUUCGUUGCCAAUCACGACAAUGUCUCCCGACUCAUGAAACUCAUUGAAGAUUCACAAAAUCGCAAGAAUCGAAGAUUGACGUCGGGCGAUGAACUGGUCCAUGAUAAAGAUAGUCUCGCUGCAAGACGCAAUGUCAUUGAACGGGAAGCUAUUUUGAAUCCACUCGGAAAUACGCCCAUGAAGGUCUAUGAGGUAUCCCUCGAAGAUGUCAAUGAUUUGGCCAGUGAUAAAGUUUGGGUACCAAAGUUGCGACUGACGCGAGAGGAACGAGAUGUCGUGGAAACUGGUGGAACUGUCUUGCUGUUGGGAAGAAGUGGUACGGGCAAGACCAUUUGCACGGCAAAUCGAAUGGACUAUGAUCGAAACCAAACAAAGAAUGAUCCCAAUUUCACGCAACUCUUUGUCGCUCGGUCCCAAAAGUUGUGUGCCUAUGUCCAAGCCAUCAUUGGUAACCCACCUGGUACCAGCUUUGAAACCUAUGACAAGCUAAAGCAACGAUUGGAACAGGAACUCCCCACCAACGAAGACAUUCGAUCCUCCUUUCCCACUGAACUCAAAAUGCGAUUCGAUGUCUUCAAGCGUGAAGUCUACAAUGUUGGUCAAGACAUUGACCCCUUGUUGGCGUGGACCAGUAUCCGGUCCUUCAUCAAGGGAUCCAUUGAAGCAACUCUCAAAACAGGCUUGGCAAAAGCCAUUUCGGAAGAAGAAUUCUUGGACACGACGGUAUUUUCGUCUGGAAGAUGCAGUCUGACGGUGGACCAACGCAAGAUUGUGUAUCCAAUUUACCAAAAGUAUGUCCGAUUCUUGAACGAAAAGAACAUGUGGGAUGAUUGCGAUCGUAUAUUGGCAUUGCUGUUGCGUUUGGAACUCUGCAAGGUAGCCGAUCCCGAAAAGUAUCAUUCGAUUCAAAUGUCCAAGAUUUAUGUAGAUGAGGUGCAAGAUUACACCCAAGCCGAGUGCCUAUUAUUCUUCUAUCUUUGCGAUGGACAAGGCAACCUGUUCUUGGCGGGAGAUCCAGCUCAGAAUGUGGUUCAAGGUGUCGAGUUUCGUUUCCAAGACAUUCGAUCGGUCGAAUAUCAUAUUGCAAAAGACAACAAUACCGUCAUGCAAAAGCCGAAGAAGGUGCACGUCAACUUUCGCAGUCAUGCUGGUAUUCUGAAUACAGCUGGAUCCAUCUUGACGUGCAUGUUCAAGGCGUAUCCAAAGAGUGCCGAGAAUCUUGGAGAGGAUCAUGGAGUCUUUGUCGGACCUCGCCCCGGAGUCUUUGAAAAGGUGGAAGUAAAGGUAUUGGCCGACUUAUUGGCCAACAAGAUGAAUGGAACUGUCGUCUUGGUCCACGACUCGACCUUGCAGUAUUGGAAGGAGGCUCUCGGCUAUCCGUUGAUCCGAACCAUUCGAGAAUCCAAAGGUUUGGAAUACAAGAGUGUGAUUAUCUUGGACUUUUUUGGUGACUUGUGUCAUCAAGUAGAUGAGGGCGUCCAAAAGGCUUGGCGUGGACUUUUGCUGCGUGGGGAAGUAGAUGGUCUUUCCUCGAAGUAUCCCGAAAUUGAAGCUCACCUGAAGUUGUUGUACACGGCCAUUACACGUUGCAUUGAGCAACUCUUCUUUGUCGAGACAGCAGAUACGAUGCCCGGUAAGGCCUUUGUGCGAUGGCUGACGACGACUACGACUUCUUGGCACAAGGAAAAAGAGAAGUCAGCCGAAGCCUUGGCCACAAAGAAUAAGGUGUUGGACGUUCAAGCGCGUGUCAUGACCAAGGACGAAGCUCUGCAGUCUGGUAUUCAAUUGGCAGCUGCUGCCGAAGCCGAAGGAAGGAGUGAUGUGGAAGCCAGCAAAACUUUGUUGGAUCAAGCCAUCUACUAUUUCGAGUUGGCCGAUGAAUCGAUGUACAAGAAAAAGGCACAAGUUCAUUUGGAAAGUAUUGGUAUUCGUUCCAACUUGCCUCCGUUGCCUUCAAGCUCCGAGGAGGAGAAGGAAGAUGAUACGGCGUACGAACAGUAUCGAGACUUGGAAUCCAACAUUGCUAGAACCGUGGGGAAAUUGUUCGAUGAGGGACUAUUGUUGGAGGGAAGAGACUUAUGUUCGUGCCUUGUGCCCUAUGUGCCCAAACGGACACAACAACGACUCAAGAUGGAAAUUGUGGGACCACUUGAAUAG